AUGAGCGCAAAUCCUACCAACGUUAUCCGCAGAUCACUAACGACGUACCGUAGGAAGUUGGUCAUUAUCGGUGAUGGUGCCUGCGGCAAGACCAGUUUGCUGAGCGUAUUUACGCUAGGUUACUUUCCUACAAUCCCCACAGUCUUUGAGAACUAUGUGACAGAUUGUAGAGUAGACGGCAAGUCCGUCCAGCUUGCUCUAUGGGAUACCGCCGGCCAAGAAGACUACGAACGAUUACGACCGCUCGCCUACUCAAAAGCCCACGUCAUCCUGAUAGGAUUUUCCGUCGACACCCCAGAUUCCCUCGACAACGUUAAGCACAAGUGGAUUGAGGAAGCCACCCGCCUGUGCACCGGUGUUCCCAUUAUUCUCGUUGGUCUUAAGAAGGAUCUUCGAGAGGAUCCCGUCGCGAUCGAAGAAAUGCGCAAGAAGUCGAUGCGUUUUGUGUCUGAACAUGAUGGAGAGGCAAUCGCUCGGGAAAUUGGCGCAAAGCGAUAUCUAGAAUGCUCCAGCUUGAGCGGCGAAGGCGUCGACGACGUGUUUGAGGCUGCCACUCGUGCUGCUCUGCUGACCUUUGAGAAGGGCGAGGGCGGCGGUUGCUGUGUUGUACUGUAA